GGGUCCUCAUUCGGUCUUCCGCCCAGCUCAGCUCACGAUGUGUCACUCUCGCAGCUCCCUCCCCACCAUGACCGUUCUGCGGGCCCCAACCCCUGUCUCCUCCACCAGCCCCGGACCCCGGCGGGGAUCUGGUCCUGAGAUCUUCACCUUCGACCCUCUUCCGGAGCCCGCGGUGGCCCCUACCGCGCGCCCCAGCGCCUCCCGCGGGCAUCGAAAGCGCAGCCGUAGGGUCCUGUACCCGCGAGUGGUCCGGCGCCAGCUGCCAGUCGAGGAUCCGAACCCUGCCAAAAGGCUCCUUUUUCUUCUGCUCACCGUCAUCUUCUGCCAGAUCCUGAUAGCUGAAGAGGGUGUGCCGGCACCCUUGGCUCCAGAGGACACCUCCAGCGGCGCAUCCCCCACGCCCACCCCUGCGCCCCCGGUCCUCGAGUCCCUUAAUCUGACCUCUGAGCCCUCAGACUACGCUCUGGACCUCAGCACAUUUCUCCAGCAACACCCGGCCGCCUUCUAACCGGGACUCCCCACAUCCCCCUCAAAAGAAUCCGAAAAACCAAAGAAACACCAGGUGUACCUGGUGCGCGAGAGCGUAUCCCAAACUGGGACUUCCGAGGCAAUUUUAAGUCACAACACUGCAGCGGAGACUCCAGCCCGAGCCUGGGAUUAGAGGAGCACCGACACUCCGGGGCGAGACCGGGUGGGGAAGAACGUCAUUAAUUUAUUUCUUAUUGAUCCUAAUUAAUAUUUAUAUAUGUAUUUAUGUAUGUUCCCCUAGGUGAUGGAGGGGUAUAUGUAAUAUUUAUUUUAACUUAUGCAGGGGUGUGAGAUGUGCCCCCCUACUGAAAAUGCAGAUCUCUUUAGUAUUUGAGCUUUGUGGGAAACGUGGAAGCAGGGCUCCCAGAACUUAGGGAGAUCCUUCUCCCGAGAAGGAAUGGAGAGGAUCUGGGUCCUGGAGAGCGCCCGGGCUGAGGCAAGGAUGGUGGCGGGUCUUAGGUUUAGGGACUGGUAUUCCGUCCUCCAGGAUGUCACCUCCGCGGAUCUAUUGUGUGAGGCUUUGGCGGACUGUUGGGAAUAAGGUCCUUGUCCGAGGAUCUCCUCGAAGUUGCCCCCAAGGGGUGGCUACAGUGUCAAAGGUCGGUGGGCUAUCGGGGGCGGCUGUGGGGUCGCCCGGUAUGUUCUGUGAACACAAAUAAACUCGAUUUACAGUCA